GGUCCCGCAUAUGAGUUCCAGUGGUUCGGGUUAUAGCAAUUUAUUUGACGGGGCUGAGCCGACACUUCACUUCGAACAGCCAACCUCCGCACACUUUCCUCCACAACCUUCGCACAAUCCUCUGUAACUUCCUCCUGCUCCUACCACUACUUUUUGCAACCUCCAGGACCAACUACACACCAUGACUCCAACAACGCUUCUGACGCUCCCUACUGAGAUGCGACAGAAGAUCAUCUCCCUCACUAUCACCACCAAAUACCGCCCGCCCACGAAGGAAGCGGCCGGCCGCUCUUACUUAUCGAGUCCAGUCAAAGGUGUAUGCAAGACCCUGAAAGCAGACUUCAAAGAGAUCACUCUAAGCUGGCUGCCCGACCCUAUCACCGCCUCCCUCCCCCCGGUCCAGCAGCUACAACAGCUGUUCACCCUGAGGCGUAUGAACAAGUACUUCAUCGAGAGAGAAAAGUCGUCAAACCGUUCCUGGCCCGGAAUGCAAGUGCUCAGGAUCCAACUCGUGAACUUCGGCGAUGCCACCAUCGCUCAACAGUUGCCCCAGUCCUUGAUGAAACUCCGAUCUGAGGACCGUGGCAUCCUAUCGCAAAUGGUCGACUUCCAAUUCCUCCACUUGAGGCACUUUCCAGUCGUUCCGACAACCGUGAGAAGACUCGAAAUAGAUCUCACCUUACCCCCAGAGGCCUCGGCGCUACUAGAUACUAUCGUCCAGAUGGACGCCGAGAUACCGAAGCGAACCCGGAAGCUAAGAGCAAAGGUUAAGGAACUGGAUUGGCAAUUUAACUUUUGGAGACAGCUUUGGGAACAUGCAGAGGAUAUCGCUUACCGCCUCGUCAAACAAGACGGGGCGCCCUCCAAGCUAGCCGUCAAAGUCAUCGGAUCGAUACGAGAAAGGCAGCUUGAGUUCAUCGCCAGAGAGAUGCGGCUUCGUCACUUUCGGAAAUCCGGCGGGCUGGUCGACUUCCGUGAAUAUCUGGAGAAGGUACGAGCAAGAGAAGCUGAGUUGAGUCUUGAAAGGGAAGAAACAGAAAGAAGGCUGAAGCUUGUAGCGGAGGAAAAGGCGAUGAAGGCGAGAAGGCAGAGCAGGAGCGUGCGAGGCAGACCGGCGAGGAGAUGAAGCGGCGAAGAGAGGAGACGAGCAAGAUAAAGAAGGAGUGGGCGCAGAACGUGGCAGAGGAGAAAGAAGACGAGGGAAGAGUGGAUGUAUGGCGUACCAAGAGUAUUCUCUAGGGCUGUUGACGCAUCGAUGUAUAGUUUUCCAACCCUCAGAGCUUGUUAUAUGACUAGGUUAUGAGUUCAUGCCCGGCUCAGACAGCGGUAUGAACAUAGAUACGGACCAACAGGUAACAUCGCAUGAUUUCAUUCGAGUUUAACGCCAGCUAUGCUAAAGUAAAACAUGA